UCCCUCUGCCGCGCAGAUCAUAUUACUUAUCAAUCAAUUAUCAUCAGUGCCGCGAUGAAGAUGGAUUACUCCCAUCUGCCAGAGGACAUAGUAGUGAAGAUAGCAAGUGACCAUUUCGAGAUGCCCUCGCAGCUGGUCACCUUCUCCGUAGUUUGCAAAUUCUGGAGGUCCAUUGCUCUCCGGCCCCGAAAUUACAAGUACGCGGCUCUCUGCCCGGUCUUCCAGGCCUCCUCGUCGCCGAUGAGGGCUCCAACAGCCAUGACUUUUCUCCCGUCAUCAUGUUCCACACGUUUGUUACUACUCCGAUUAACGACGUAUUUCCCGAUCAAAUAUUCUCCUCUAGUUCACCACCACCUCCUCCACCUCCACGAAGAAGCCAGCAGCUGCCGCGAGUGACGAUCCCUCUGGGUCCCAACCUCCCCACCGAAUUUCAAGAAUAUCGGUAGAACAAUCAGUGCCUGGCCUCCAAAGACGGGUGGGUCCUCGUCAUCCACCCCCGCCCCGUCAGAUUACACCUUCUCAACUCGAUCACACGCGCCUCCAUCGCUCUCCCCAUCAUCCGACUGGCCCUUGACGACUACGACGAGACCUCUUUCAACUGCCAGCCGUCUGACCCCAUCGAGGGAGCCGUAAUCUCUUCUUCUCUCUACGAUGAUCGCCAUGUGAAAUUCUUCUAUGGGAUUAGGGUUUCUAGGAAGAAGACGAAGAGAGGAGGAGGAAGAAGAUAAGAUUGAGUAGGGUUAUUGGAAGAGGAGGCUCAAUGCCAACUCUAGACUCAAUGGUCUUUUAUUUAUAUACAAUGGUUACGUGCUAACCUCUAUAUAAAACCACCAAUCACAAGUCGACAGGUGGCUAAGACCACUAAUAAACAAUAACGAAUUAACUUAAAGAAAACGGCAACGUAUAAGUGAAGCUAUACUGGUAUCUGUUUACAAAAGGACACCACAACUUCCAAACCAUUGCACUUCAGUCCUUCUCGUUCUUCAGUGUUCUUCAUCGGUUAAGUGCAGUAGUCUUUUAGUUGCAGGUUGCAGCAGAGAAUGAUCCUGCUUCUCCAACAAUCAAGAGCAGGAUGCCAAGAUCAUGGGAUGAUCUUCACACACCCCCUCAAGCUGGCAAGUACACAUUGUGUACUGACAGCUUGUUAAGUAAGAAUCGGAAUCUUUCUGAUGCAAGACCUUUAGUGAACAGGUCUGCCAAUUGCACAUCCGUUCUUACAUUCUUUAGUAUGAUCAGUCCAGAUUUCAAUCUUUCUCUUGUGACAUGAUAAUCUACAUCUAUAUGCUUUGUUCGUUCAUGGAAAACCGGAUUUUCCGCAAUAUGUAUGGCAGAUUGAUUAUCACAAUACAAUAUUAUAGGGUUUGGAUGAUCACAAAAGAAGAACUCAAGCAUUCCCUUGAGCCACUGAACUUCACAGCACAAUUGUGCCAAAGUUCUGUAUUCCGCUUCAGAGGAAGAUCUGGAUACUAUCGUCUGCUUCUUACUUUUCCAAGUAAUUAAUGAAGAUCCAAGAAAGGUGCAGUAUGUAGUGACUGAUCUUCUUGUAUCAGGGCAUGUAGCCUAGUCUUAAUCUGAAUAACCAGAAAUUUGUAAUGUGGUGGAUGAUGAAAAGAACAAACCCUGUCCAGGAUUUUCCUUGAGAUAUCUAAGAAUCCUCUGUAAGCCCUAUAAAUGAGUAGUGGUUGGUUGUGCCUGAAACUGUGACAAGUGUUGUAUAGGAAAGCAAAUAUCUAGUUGAGUUGUAGUCAGGUACUGUAAUUGCCCCAACAGUUGCCUAAAACCACUUCCAUCUGCUAAUGGUUCACCAUCAUUUGCUGAAUACACCACCUUUUGACUCAAAGGAGUUUUAGCAGGUUUUGAAUCUAAGAACUGGGAGUUGGCAAGUAAUUCUAAACAGUACAUCCUUUGAGAAACCAUGAUACCUGAACUUGAUCGAGCUAUUUCCAGCCCAAGGAAGUAUUUCAACUCUCCCAUGUCCUUGAUCUUAAAGGCUUGCUUCAAAUGUUUCUUUAGCUUAGUGAUCAGUUCCAUGUUGUUACUAGCAAUGAUUAUGUCGUUAACAUAAACAACCAACACAACAACUGAAUCAUCAGCUGUAAAUCCGAACACUGAGUGGUCAGCAUGACACUGUGUGAAGCCCGAUUCAACUAGGAAAGUCGCUAACUUGAUGAACCAUUGUCUGCUUGCUUUCUUCAGACCAUAUAAUGACUUCUGCAGCUUACAAACCUUCCCUUUGAAUUCAGGUUUCUCACGUAAUCCAGGUGGUAACACCAUAGAAACUUCCUCAUCUAAAUCCCGAUGCAAAAAUGCAUUACUCACAUCCAUCUGAUGCAAUAUCCACCCCCUGUCAGCUGCAACUCCCAGCAGCAAUUUGACAGAAUUCAAUUUUGCAACAGGAGAGAAUGUAUCUUGAAAAUUGACAAGCUAAAACACCACACCAAACUACGACCAAGUGUAAUCGAAGUCCGGGAAUGCAGUAAAGUGGCAAGUUCUAAAUAUCAACACGGGGUCUAGAUCUACUGCCAACUCCGUGAUUAUCUAUUAUCUAGCAAACUAAGUCGAUUCAUUUUGUUCUUAACUGAAAGCAGAAAGAAAGCAGGAAUUGAUUCGAUUUUCUAAAGUAAGGAAGAGUCACUCGGGAAUGAGUCCCCCUAGCUCCUUAGUUAGGUCUCAGUUGUAAUUACCCUGGGUUGAUUUACUAUUGAUUAAACUGCGGAAGAUCCGACAGUAGCUUGGAAUCUCUUAAGCUGACCAAGCCCUCUCAGUCUAACUACCCGGCAGACGAUUAGUCUUCACCGGGAUAGAAAGCUGAAGCAAUAAGCAUAGAACUCCACUACUGGAAUUGGAUUCCAGUACAAAGCAGUAGACUGGCUAACUCUCGUAUAACCAAUCCACUACUAACGAAUGAUGAAUCUCUAACAACCUAAUCAGAUUCUAUCUAUCUUAGGUUGCAGCAGAAAUCAAGAAAAGCUGAUCAGACUUCAAUCAAUUCAAUGAAACAUGCAUCAUUCGAUUAAAACCCAACAAUAUAAUCAUCCCAAGUCAUUACAAUCAAAUCCCUAACACAUGGAACUAAGGUUCUUCAUACCCAAGUGAGAGAAGGGUUCAACUCCAAAUAGAGAGAGAGAGGAAAACAGAAAUCAGAGUAGUCAUACUCAUAACAAUGAGGAUAAUCUGCUCCGGGAUGAUGAUUUUCACUCCUAUGAUGAUCUCCAAGCUCGAUUUGAUGAAACCCAGCUCCAAGCUCGCUUCUAGGAUGUGUUCUUCGCACUUUCUCUCUCUAGGGCUCUGUUUUUACUCUAAAAAGUCGAUUCUCUCACCUGUGGCUCGAAAUUGGGUAAAAACCAUAAUUCCCGACUCACACGGGCAGGCCACACGGCCGUUUUGCUUACCCAGAUGCCCGUGUGAGAUCCAAAACGCGGCAUUCAGAUUAAGUGAAAUUCAGGCUUCCUACACGGCCAGGGAUACACGGCCGUGUGGAGCCUCCAGUCUGUCCGUGUGAAGCCUCGCACAAUCCCACACAGCCACAUUGGUUCCUUACACGGCCGUGUGGGAUUUAUGUGUGCCCGUGUGGCUUCCUCAGCGACUCGCCACACGUCCGAUCUUCGUCCAAUCGACCCCGAACUCGCUCCCAAACCUUCAUUCACUUACUAUGACCUGAAAUAUCACAAACAAUCACAACCUAGCGUGAAAUCGGCCUAAAACACGAGAAUCAACAUCUCAAACGGCU